AUGGCCACACUGGCCGGCACAGAAACUGCCGCGCAGCUCGCAAAAAUACACCGCAUAGCAAAAGCACUCAGUGAAGUCUCAAUUUCCUCUCGCGCCUUCUUUUCUCUUGAUGAUAGCAAACUGAACGUAUCAGAUGAGUCUCCUAAUGACACUGUGGCUAUUCUGGUAAGACUCGGAGAAAGUCUUGCUACAUCUGCAGCGAUGCUUGCUAACGCUGUUGAAUCCCAAUUGGCUGAAUUCUUUAACUACAUGAGAAGCAAAGAAGCUGCUUCUGUAGUAGGAUUACUAGAGAAACGUAGUAUUGUGCCGAUGGAUUUUAAACUAGUAAGUAAAGAAGAAAGAAUGUCCUUCUCUAUUUCUCCCACUGAAACACGUCCUAGUGCAUUAGGUACGUCAAUGGUUAGUCGGGUACCACAAAAUGCACCUUUGGCACUUCUCCGUUACGACCAACGAGGAGCAGCCACAACACUGCAGACAUGUCUUUAUGUUAUGAUGGAAUCGGUUCUUACGCGUAUCAACGCCAGCCGCGCUGCUAUAUAUCUUGGAAACGACACUGAAAGACCUUCAGUGCUGAGACGUGUAGCAGAUAUUCACGGUGAUGACAAGUUACCCACUGAGGUCAGUUACGCGAAUACCAGUACACUUAUUACAGUUGUUCAAGACAGUUUAGCUGUAAACUUUGAUACCACCCAAACGCCUGAUAACAACACGUAUGUAAAAAGAAUUCACAGACGACCCUAUGAGGGCUGUAUACGUCACCCUUUGCGUGUUAGAAGUGGAGUUGUACUUCCUAUUGGUAAUUAUGGAUGUGUGCUAGUAGCUGACAAGCCUCUUGGAGUGCCACAAACGUUUACAUCUUUUGAUGAACACCAUGUUUGGGCUUUGGCAACGUUAUGCGAGGGUAUGUUCUCACGGUACCCACGUAAUCUUUUUGUAGAAAUGUCAUGGUCUCCUUCACUAAAACUUUUACGGCAAACUUCCAUCAUGCCAUCUAUAUCAAUAGCAGAAAAAAAAGAAAGGACAGCAAGAAUAGGAUCAAACUCGAGAACAUCAGUACCCCUCCUAGAAUCGCUUCCCUCCGUACCCAAACAAUUAACAAUGCUACGAGUAACGGGGGAAAAAAUAGGGAUCCUACAAGACACACAAGGAUUACCACGAACACAUUUAACCCACGACAGUCUAUUUCAAGAAGCAGGUGCGUACAUACGUAACAUAGAAAUGCUAUGGAAAGAAUCUCUUAGCGAAGUCAAUGACCUUCGACUAACAAUUCGUAAAUGUAUUGGUGAAAUAGAAGAAAAAAAAUCUAAAAUCACGGCCCUUGAGGCGGAAGUGCGCCGCUUAAAUGCUCGCAGCACUACCAGCAGAACCAGUACAACUGUCUUGUAA